AUGCCUCCCAAGUCUGGUAAGAAAGCCGCCCCAGCGCCCUUCCCGGGCACCAAAGCUGGUGUGAGCGGAAAGAAGAAGACGUCGAACCCCCUCAUCGAGCGCCGCCCGCGCAACUACGGUAUCGGCCAGGAUGUACAACCCAAGCGCAAUCUCUCCCGCAUGGUCCGCUGGCCCGAGUACGUCCGUCUCCAACGCCAGCGCAAGAUCUUGAACAUGCGCCUCAAGGUCCCGCCAGCGAUUGCCCAAUUCGGCCAAACCCUCGACCGCAACUCCGCCGCCCAGCUGUUCAAAUUCCUGAACAAGUACCGACCCGAGACCAAGGCUGAUAAGAAGGAGCGUCUGCACGCCGAGGCUACGGCGGUGUCCGAGGGCAAGAAGAAGGAGGAUGUGAGCAAGAAGCCGUUCACCGUCAAGUAUGGUCUCAACCAUGUCGUGGCUCUUAUUGAGGCGAAGAAGACUGCGCUGGUGCUCAUUCCUAACGAUGUCGACCCCAUUGAGCUCGUCACCUUCCUUCCCGCGUUGUGCAGGAAGAUGGGUGUGCCGUAUGCCAUUGUGAAGGGUAAGGCGAGGUUGGGCACGGUUGUGCACAAGAAGACCGCCGCCGCUCUCGCCAUCACCGAAGUCCGCGGCGAAGACAAGUCGGAGCUCAGCAAGCUCGUCCAGACGAUCAAGGAGGGCUACAUGGACAAGAACGAGGAGGCCAAGAGGCACUGGGGUGGUGGUAUCAUGGGUGCCAAGGCCAAUGCCCGUGAGAGGAAGAAGAAGGAGCGUGCGGAGAGGGAGAUCAAGAUAUAA